AUGGAAAAACAACAGUUCGCAGACUCGGAAAAAGUUGACGAACUGAUCCCAGAAUCGGAAGAGGAAGAAAUUUUGAGUGCCAACGAAACCUCUCUUGAGAUGCUUGUCGUCAUCCUUAACUGGACACUGAUCUCAGCAGUGAUAACCGGGUCAAUUUGGGGGUUAGCGUUCAAUGCACCGCCACCAGGAUCUCCCGAUGCCCCUACGCAAGAAUCUCAAAUGUCUUCACUGCGUUAUACACUCUCACGCGGAGUCCUCCUCGUCGGCAGCUUGCUGAGUUUCUGCGUGGCACUCAUCAUCGGUUUGGGCAAGAACCUCAUGCGUCAAUACACGCUCACUCUGAUAUUGCCACCUUAUGGCCCCCGUCGCCUCCCCAAGCAUAGGGCUCAAAGUCUACGCGCGAUUCCAACAUCCGUGCCUACUUGGUUCAUGCAGCUCCUGAAGACAUUGCGAUGUAUCUUUCCAGUUAUUCAGUUUGUGAUUACUAUAAUGCUGCUCGUACUCUACUGGUUCUUUUAG